AUGAACCGUGAAUUCCGGGAUAAUCCGUCGUUCAAGGCCUGGGGUCCCUUCAUCUCACCAAACUACCACAAUGAGGCCAUCACAAGAUCUGACAUUGUCAUCGCCUCCACAGUAUGGGCGCUCACGUUGGUCAACAUCAUCAUCGCCUCCUUUCUGGCCGUCAGACAAACCAAGGAAUCCCGAGCCCCCCUCAAGAGUAUAUACAUCUGGAUGAUAUGGUUGGAAAUGGCCGUCUGUUUUGUCAUGGGACUCGAGUGCUAUCUGCAUCUGCUCAAGUUCAUCAGUCCAAGUUUCGCCUUUUACUUCACCAUCCUGUUCUGGUGGUGUAUUCAGGUUCAGCUGCUGCUGCAAAUUAUCAUCAACCGUAUUCGUGUCAUUGUACCGGAUCGCAACCGUGGAAGAUGGAUCAUGAUCGCAACAGCUACAUUCGUCACAGCAAUCAACAUCAGUGUGUUUAACAUCUGGAUUCCCGCCCGGUUACAGAUCAACUCCACAUAUCACAUUGCCAACGAAUACUGGGAUCGUAUCGAAAAGGGUCUCUACCUGCUUGUCGACGCCAUACUCAACUGGUUCUUCUUGAAGACUGUCAAGGAAAACCUUAUCAAGAACGGUCUCACCAAAUACAACUCGCUCGUGCGCUUCAACCAGAAAAUUGUCGUCCUCUCGCUGCUCAUGGACGUCAUGAUUAUUGGCGCUAUGUCGAUCCCGAACUCCUUUGUCUACAUCCAAUUUCACCCGCUCGCCUACAUGGUCAAACUCAACAUCGAAAUGACCAUGGCCAACCUCAUCAAGCGCAUCGCAAUCUCCACCUCGCGCAAGACGGGCAUGCACUCGAUGGCCCAAGAAUUCCGCUCCUCCUCCGAACUCUCCACCGGCCACAACACGGGCAGCGCCUACCACCGCACACAGCGCGCCUCGGUGCACGAGCUCUCGAGCUUCGUCAGCUGCGACGCCGACACCAAAACCGGCGACCGAGACCGCAUCGUCAGCUUCGCGCCCGUCGGCAACCAAAUCAAGAAGACGCGCGAAGUCAUCAUCCGCAGCGAGGUCAACCCCUACUUCCAAAAAGACGGCACAGAAGUCGAGGUCACUAGCGGUGGCGGCGCCCUGCAUCACCGCACUAAAUCCGGCAGUGGCGUCGUCGUCGAGGAACGUGUUGUUGCGCGCCGCAAGAGCAUGGACAGUAUAGCUGAGGGCAACGAGAGCAUGAAGAGCACCGAUGCGAAUAGCAAGAAGCCUGAUGAUAGCGACGAUGAGACGGCGCUUGUGGGGAAUAAGGCGUGGUGGCCCCGUGUGGAAGAGUAG